UUUUUCUUUUGAAAGUCGGUGAAAAUCUUUGUACUUUGAUUGGAAAACAAAGGCAUCACAGACGCGCCGGCAGAGCCCAGAGUCGGGGCGGGAGGGGGACUUGUGCGUGACUGUCCAUAGGAAAAGUGGAGAUUCGGAACGUGCCUUCCGAUCGCGAAGACAGAGCGCUCCUUGUGGACUGUCCUGUCCGGCUCCUGGGCCUGAAAAGGUUGAAUUCUUGCUUUAGAAGUUCUCUGCCCAGCAAGCACACCUUGGGCUUAGUGACGGUUAGGCUUCUUACCCCCCUCCCCGCUCCCGCGGAGAUUUUCCAUCUAGUGCAUGUGGUCUGAUUAAUUUUUCUUUCUAGUCACACUCUUAAACACUUCCUUAGGUUUACUCGUAAUUAGUUCUAGAUUCUUCUCUAGUUUUUCUUGUCUAGUCCAACUAAGAAAGGACAGAAGCCUGCUUCUGAAAGGUUGUGGGAGCCAUGGCACACGUCUGAAUAACAUUCCCUUGUAUGUGGAUCGAGUGAAAAGCGAGUCCUCCCUCCUCCCCCCACCCCUCCACAUUUUUAAACAUGUAAGCAAUAGACGAAGUUUGGAAACAAGUCGCAACUGGGAAACUUUUCAAAAGCUCUUACAAUAGGAAAUGACUAACGAGGAAAAUUUUUUUGUUUUUCUAAGUUGAGCCACCCUCGGUAGAGGGGGAGUUUUAAUGAAAACAGUCCUGACAGAAGCAAACGUGGUUCUGCUGAAGUGAAGGAUCAGCCGGCGUAGCCAAGAACUGGUCUGAACUUCCUGUUACUACAGCUUUGUGCACAUAGUGGAGGUGUUGUGGUGGUUUCCGGCAGUGAGACCGAGGAUGAUGACAGCAUGGACAUUCCCCUGGACCUCUCCUCUUCCGCCGGCUCAGGCAAGAGGAGGAGAAGAGGCAACUUGCCCAAGGAAUCUGUCCAGAUUCUCCGGGAUUGGCUGUACGAACACAGAUACAAUGCUUAUCCCUCAGAGCAAGAAAAAGCAUUACUGUCCCAACAAACACACCUAUCGACACUACAGGUCUGUAACUGGUUCAUCAACGCCCGGCGCAGGCUCCUCCCUGACAUGCUGAGAAAGGAUGGCAAAGACCCCAAUCAGUUCACAAUUUCUCGCCGUGGGGCCAAGAUUUCUGAAGCUAACUCGGUGGAGUCCGUAAUGGGCAUCAAAAACUACAUGCCAGCUUUGGAGGAGAGUGUGUUUCAUUCCUGUACAGCUGGACCAAGCCCCACCGUCGGGAGGCCACUUUCUCCUAAACCACCAUCCCCGGGAUCAAUUUUGGCGCGGCCAUCAGUGAUCUGCCAUACCACGGUGACUGCAUCGAAAGAUAUGUCUUUUUCGCUCUGCCAGUCAGUAGGUGUGGGACAAAACACAGAUCUACAGCAGAUGGCAGCCAGCACCUUUACAGACACCUCUCUCAUGUACCCAGAGGACAGCUGCCAAUCAGGACAAAGGACGAAUACACAAAGUGGUCUUUUCAACACUCCUCCCCCCACCCCACCCGACCUCAACCAGGAUUUCAGUGGCUUUCAGCUCCUAGUGGACGUUGCACUCAAACGGGCUGCAGAGAUGGAGCUUCAGGCAAAACUGAUGGCUUAACCUUUUCCAAGCAAAACACUUUCCACAAGUGUCAUGAUUGCCGGGAUGAUGGCAAGAGACGAACUGCAUUAUUUUAUAUAUAUUUUUUAUUAAUAUUUGCACAUGGGAUUGCUAAAAUGAAGCCUCCUGUUACUCAGAUGUCUUCAAUGGGAUACAGUCAUUCCAAGAACUAUAAACUCAAAACUACUGUGGAAACAAAGGGUUUUCUUUUUUCAUUGUUUCUUGGUAGAUUAUUCAUAAUGUGAGAUGGUUCCCAAGAUUAUGUGAUUUCCGCCCCCCCUUCUCUCCCUCUCCUUUGUAUGUGUGUGUUGGUGUCUUUUCAGAUUGUGCAAUACUUAGAGAGCGUAUCACAUCUUCUCAUUCCGAUGUGGAACAGGAUGCCCACAUACUGUCUAAUUAAUAAAUUUUCUAUUUUUCCCCCCAAACAAGUAUGAAUCUAGCUGAUUUGAUGAUGCCUCUUUUUUCAUGACAUAAUAAACUAUUUUCUUUAAAAAUUA